UGUGCGUCUCCCCAGCGUGGUUGAGUAUCAUUGAAUCAAUACUUUAAGCUUCUUGGUUGAUAUGUGACAAGAGCAAGACUUGAGUAAGCAGCUAGCAUUUGUUUCUCAGGUCUCGAACAUCGGUGAAUGCACCUGUACAGUACGUGCAGUGUAUACAGCUAGCUUAUAUGUUUGUCCUUAUGUGUGUUUUUCAUGCAGGGAAAUAUAAUCGUCAAAAAUUCAUGUGACCCCCUGUGAAGUCAAGUGAAACCAUCACAUGUUGGUGAGGCGACAGACAAAGCAUAUACACGGUCUAGCGUGUGACGCUUUGCUUACCGGUGACUGCGCCGUUCUUACGUAUAAUUCAGCUCUUUGAACUUUUAUAGAAACUCCGAGCGUGAUAAGCAGAGAGGCAGUAGGACUAAAAUGCAGGGAUGAGGCUGGCGGUUUUCGGUUAAGAAGAGAAAGAGGGACAGAAAGAGAGAGAGCGAGAGCUGGGCGCCAGGGACUACACAUAAGUAGCUAUUGAGACGCCAGCGGCUUCAUCUGAUAACGUUCAGCUCAAACCAGAGGGCAGCCCCAGACGAGUCCAAACCAGAAAAUGACAGAUUCAAAACAAGGGCAGGAUCAGGAAGAGGACAACGACCUCGACUUCGACACAGAAAUUCCCGCCUUACCCCCAGAUGGAGGCUACGGCUGGGUCAUACUGGUUGCGUCAUUCUUUUGCAACGUCUUAGUAGACGGCGUGUGCUUUUCCUUUGGAAUAUGGUACGUGGAGUUUCUGGCAGAGUAUGGAGACAGCAAGAGUAAGACAGCCUGGGUGGGCUCGGUCCUCAACGGCAUGUAUCUUACCAUGGGUCCGGUGGCCGGGGCACUAUCAAACAGAUAUGGCUGCCGCAAGGUGACCAUCGCCGGUAGCAUCAUCUGUGCUAUAGCGUUCGCACUCGCAAUAUUCUCACCCAGUGUCUCGGUUUUAAUUAUCGUCUACGGAGCACUAGGCGGAUUUGGGUUCGGUCUGAUGUACCUACCGGCCAUUGUUAUGGUAGGCUUCUACUUUGAAAAAAAGCGUGCGUUUGCCACAGGCAUCGCCGUGUGUGGGAGCGGUGCAGGAGCGUUUGUGUUUGCCCCAUUAUGCAAGGCACUUAUAGACAACUUCGCGUGGCGAGGGGGCACCUUGAUAGUUGCCGGGCUAGUCCUCAACGGCUGCGUCCUUGGCGCCCUCUUCCGGCCACUUGGGACCGAACCACGUAAAAAAGUCCUAGACGUCGAAAUGGAGGACUUUUCCGAGAAAGAAACCACAAAAAUUAAGAAGCCGGACAAUGCUUUACAAAUAGUGGAGAAAAACGGGCGUGAUUUGGACAUUAAAGACAUAAGCUCGGCACCUGUGAUAAAUAUGGACAAUGGAAGUCAGAACUUACGGCGGCCAAGGGGUGUCUCUUUUGACGAACCAACGCGCCCAGCGACAAAGUCUCGUGCUGGCCCAGGCGGCAAACCUAUCCCAAAAAUAUUAGUUCAGGAGUACGCUGACAAAGAACAUGCAAAUGGUGACAGUAGCCCAACCGGAAGACCGCAUCACGUGGUCACAACCGUGGAAGAGAUCAACGCAUCGCCCGUAGGGAGUCAGACAUGGCGAAUCAGCCAAAGCUCCACCUCUAUCCGCAGUCAUUUACAGCGUCCCAUGUACCGCAAAGACAUCUUCUACAGCGGAAGUAUCUUGCAUCUCCCGGAGUACCAGCAGAGCACGUCAGUGGAGGACUAUAUUAAAAGUACGACGUCACUUCCGCCGGCAGUCCCACGGGUGGAACCUUACCUAUGCAGAUUUAUCCCCGAAUCCAUGCGCGAUAUUCUGAUGGAGAUGAUGGAUUUUUCUCUACUUAAAUUGCCCCCUUUUACAUUGUACGGCAUAUGUUGCUUCUUUUCAAUGGUCGGUUUCUUCAUUCCGUUCACAUACCUUCCCGACUAUGCGCAAUCAGUUGGGGUUCCAGGAGGGGACGCCGUGUUCCUACUAUCCAUUAUAGGAAUAUCAAAUACUGUAGGCCGUAUAGCCUCUGGAUGGGUUUGUGACCAUGCUUGGGCAAAUAGUCUCGUCAUCAGCAAUGUGGCGUUAAUCGUGGGUGGUACAGCGACCAUGUUGGUGCCAUUGUGUACGACGCAUGCGCUUCUGGCCGUUUACUCUACGGUUUUUGGCCUCUGUAUAGCUGCCUACAUUUCUCUCCGAUCCAUCAUUCUUGUAGAGCUGUUGGGGUUGGAUAAACUUACCAACGCGUUUGGUCUCAUCACGUUGUGUCAGGGUCUUGCCAGCUUCAUCGGGUCACCAAUAGCAGGAGGGUUGUACGAUGCCACGGGAAGUUAUACUAUUUCUUUCGUCUUUGGCGGUGCCACGCUGGCCGUGUCGGGUGUGCUCUGUUUCCCACUGUACUGUUACGAGAAAUGCUGUAUGAAGAAAGGGGAACACCAGGCAGUCCCCGGGGAGGAUAAUGGCGAUGCUCAGCCCAGCUAAAACCUACCAUCUGUCAUUGAUGUAGCGGAAAAUAUUGCCAUGGAAAUGGAGUGGACGAGCAAGAAGAAAACACUAGUUUUUCUGCCCCGGGGAAAAUAAGUUUGUUGUGGUUUAUUUGAGGUGAUAAAAAUGUACGGAAAAACAGGAAAAAAUCCUAGCGCAGAAACAUAUUCACUUGCUGUCCACCCAGGGUUGAUUUGCUAAGGAAACUUAAAUUGAACGACACAAUAUCGAGUAAUGUUUUGCUCGGCACAUUACUGAAUUUGAGAGGACACGUUUAAUUUAAGUACAACAUUAAGAAUGUUAACAAAUUGCCCUAAGAAGGACACUGAUACGUUGCUUUUUCCCUUGAACGAUUUUAGUUAUCUUAUGCUUGAACUGCGCUAUUUCGAAAUAUACAGAUUGUAUCGGGUACCAGGACGAGGCGUGACUACUGUGCUUAUUGCAGUUUAUAUGCACAGCUGGCAUGCCCCAAAACCAGCUUUCUUCAGUGAAAAAAUAAGACAAAGCAAACCAUGUUUCCACUGGUCCCAUGUAGUCACAAGCUAACGAGAGAACGUCGUUGCAAAACCGCAGGUACUGGAAUCCCGAUAUAUUACAAUUAUUAGUAUUGGAGCCUUAGAUUCAGAUCUAUGAAUUCAAACCAUAAUAAUAUACUUUUUAUUUCUUCGACUAAAAGGUGAAAUGUCUACAUGAGUUUAGUAUGGAUUGUUAAAAGUGGUUUAUUGUUUAACAUUUGUUUGUUAUAAUGGUAUAUCCCUAAUCUCUGCCACCCUUUUUGUCCAUGAAAGUUGUUAUACAAUAUUUGACUUGCGUGGUAAAAACUGCCAUACAACUGGUUUGCGUUAUGAAUAAGGUAUGAGAAAACAGCUUUUUUAUUUGUCAACUUACUGCCUUUAGACGUAUUUGCUUCAAGUGCUAUUUUGUUUUGUAGGAAAUAUUUGCAAUUAGACUUUUAAAAUAUAUAGAGUGUUAUUGGAUCGACGUUUAUGAAACAUUUUUUCCAAGAUAUAACGACACAGAGAAUGGCAUGCGAUAGUCACAGAAGAGAAUGGCAUGCGAUAGUCACAGAAGAGAAUGGCAUGCGAUAGUCACAGAAGUAUAGGCCAGAGGUUGAAAGCUUAUCUUUAUUAUGCAUUUAUUUCUACUUUCAGCUGGAAACAAAAUAUGUUGCAUUUUAAGUGUAUAUUUGUACCAUUAGUUCUACGCCCAACUUCAGACCUAAUCUGAAAUAUUUUGAAAAUGUAGCACUUUAGUAUCCAUGUACAUGUAUGUUAGAUUUCAGCUGGAAGCAAAAAUAGUGAAAUCAUGCCUAUAAUUUUGUAGUGAUAAAUUUACUACGGGUUUUAGACUGAUCACAUUUGUGAAAGGUUCCCGUUCUUUUCUUAUACCUCAAAUUGUAAGUACUGCACAUAACACAAUAAUAAUAAUGAUAAUAAUAAUUAUUAUUCUCAUUUAUAGUAAUCAUAAAAAAUUGAACAUGUGAUCCUUAUAUCUAUUGUAAAUGGUUUACGAAAACACAAAGUUAAUUAUACAGAUGAGUGUUUUUAUGUAUUAUAUUAGUACGCUAUUAGUACGCACGUCUCUUGUAUGUCUAAUUUUACGUUUAACCGUCGAAUUGGAAACAGCUGUCCUCGUUUGUAAAGUUACUACUAUUGCGAGUUUCCCAUCUUUAAAAUGUAUCCGUACUGAGCCUCCCGAUGGCGUUUAAGUCUUUAAAGGCCAAUUUUUUAAAACUAAUAAUUAGAAACACUUCAUAUGAUCGAAUGGUCAGGAUGUUCAACGCAAAUAUCACUUGUAAUGUACUUGUAAGAAGUUGGAAGCCGAUGAGUGAUUCUUUUGUUAUCAUAAUAAUUAUACUUAUAAAAAGUUA